CUAACUUGCACAUUCACUCUCCAAGCCACACCGUCUUCGGGGUCAUUUUGUGUCCGACACAUCAACUCUUUUCAAUCAAAAUGGAUGGAAAAGCAGAUGUGAAGUCCCUCAUGGCGAAAUUUAACACAGGGGGCAACCCGACAGAGGAGGUCUCAGUCAAUAGCCGGCCCUUCAGAGUCACAGGACCAAACUCAUCUUCAGGAAUACAAGCAAGAAAGAACUUAUUCAACAACCAAGGAAAUGCCAGCUCUCCUGCAGGACCCAGCAACCUUCCUAAGUUUGGGUCCCCAAAGCCACCUGUGGCAGUCAAACCUUCUUCUGAGGAAAAGCCUGACAAGGAACCCAAGCCUCCGUUUCUAAAACCCACUGGAACGGGCCCAAGAUUUGGAACACCAGCCAACUCGACCACCAGAGACCCCGAGGCGAAAGUGGGAUUUCUGAAACCUGUAGGCCCCAAGCCUAUCAACCUGCCCAAAGAAGAUUCCAAACCUGCGUUUCCCUGGGCUCCUGGGAACAAGCCAUUACUUCACAGUGUAAACCAAGACCAUGACCUAAAGCCACCAGGCCCGAAAUCUGGGCAUACUCCUCCAACCCCAGAAAGUGAACAGAAGCAAGCGUUCCCCAAAUUGGCUGGGGUUAAAGGGAAAUUUAUGUCAGCAUCACCAGAUCUUGAACCCAAGCCUCUCUUCCCCAAACCUGCCUUUGGCCAGAAGCCACCCCUAAGCACCGAGGACUCCCAGGAAGACGAAAGCCCCGCAAAGAAUGUGUCUCCAUCAAAAGGGUCGCCAGCUCCCCUGGGAAUCAGGUCCAAAAGCGGCCCUUUAAAACCAACAAGGGAAGACCCAGAAAAUAAAGACCAUGCAGGGGAGAUUUCAAGUUCGCCCUUCCCCGGAGUGGUUUUGAAACCUGCUGCGAGCAGGGGAGCCCCAGGCCUCUCCAGAAAUGGUGAAGAAAAAAAGGAAGAUAGGAAGAUAGACGCUGCUAAGAACAUCUUCCUGAGCAAAAUCCAUCAGGAAGAGUCGGCCUCAGGGGCUCCUCCUGCCGGGUUCCCUAAGGCCCCUUCUAAGCUGACAGUGGGGGGGCCAUGGGGCCAAAGUCAGGAAAAGGAAAAGAAUUCAGCCACCCCAAAGCAGAAGCCAUUGCCUCCCUUAUUUACCUUGGGUCCACCUCCACCAAAACCCAACAGACCACCAAAUGUUGACCUGACGAAAUUCCACAAAACCUCUUCUGGAAACAGUACUAGCAAAAACCAGAUGCCUUAUUCAACAACUUCCCCGCCACCACCUCCACCAGCCCAUCCGGCGAGCCAACCACCAUUGCCAGCAUCUCACCCAACACAACCACCAGCCCCAAGCCUACCUCCCAGAAACAUUAAACCUCCAUUUGACCUAAAAAGUCCUGUCAAUGAAGAUAAUCAAGAUGGUGUCAUACACUCUGAUGGUGCCGGAAAUCUUGAUGAGGAACAAGACAGUGAAGGCGAAACAUAUGAAGACAUAGAAGCAUCCAAAGAAAAAGAAAAGAAAAGAGAAAAAGAGGAAAAGAAGAGAUUAGAGCUGGAGAAAAAGGAACAGAAAGAGAAAGAAAAGAAAGAACAAGAAAUAAAGAAGAAAUUUAAACUAACAGGCCCUAUUCAAGUCAUCCAUCUUGCAAAAGCUUGUUGUGAUGUCAAAGGAGGAAAGAAUGAACUGAGCUUCAAGCAAGGAGAGCAAAUUGAAAUCAUACGCAUCACAGACAACCCAGAAGGAAAAUGGCUGGGCAGAACAGCAAGAGGUUCAUAUGGCUAUAUUAAAACAACUGCUGUAGAGAUUGACUAUGAUUCUUUGAAACUGAAAAAAAACUCUCUUGGUGCUCUUUCAAGACCUACUGAAGAUGACCAAGAAGUGUACGAUGAUGUUGCUGAGCAGGACGAUGUCAGCAGCCACAGUCAGAGUGGAAGUGGAGGGAUAUUCCCUCCACCACCAGAUGAUGACAUUUAUGAUGGCAUUGAAGAGGAAGAUGCUGAUGAUGGCUCCAUGCUACAGGUUCAAGAGAAGAGUAACACGUGGUCCUGGGGGAUUUUGAAGAUGUUAAAGGGAAAAGAUGACAAAAAGAAAAGUAUACGAGAGAAACCUAAAGUCUCUGAGUCAGACAAUAAUGAAGGUUCAUCUUUCCCUGCUCCUCCUAAACAAUUGGACAUGGGAGAUGAAGUUUAUGAUGAUGUGGAUACCUCUGAUUUCCCUGUUCCAUCAGCAGAGAUGAGUCAAGGACCUAAUAUUGGAAAAGCUAAGACAGAAGAAAAGGACCUUAAGAAGCUAAAAAAGCUGGAAAAAGAAGAAAAAGACUUCAGGAAAAAAUUUAAAUAUGAUGGUGAAAUUAGAGUUUUAUAUUCAACUAAAGUUACAUCUUCCAUAACUUCUAAAAAGUGGGGAACCAGAGAUCUACAGGUAAAACCUGGUGACUCUCUAGAAGUUAUACAAAACACAGAUGAUACAAAAGUUCUCUGCAGAAAUGAAGAAGGGAAAUAUGGCUAUGUCCUUCGGAGUUAUCUAGUGGACAAUGAUGGAGAGAUCUAUGAUGAUAUUGCUGAUGGUUGUAUAUAUGACAAUGACUAGCACUCAACUUUGGUCAUUCUGCUGUGUUCAUUAGGUGCCACUAUGAAGUCUGAAUUUUAAUUGGCAUGUUAUUGGGUAUCAAGGAAAUUAAUGCACAAAACCACUUAUUAUCAUUUGUUAUGAAAUCCCAAUUAUCUUUACAAAGUUUUAAAAUUUUGAGCAUAGAAAAUGAUCUUUCUGCUUAAUUGCUAUCUCAGAAGACUAGAUUAGUGAGAUGUAAGAAUUAUUAAAUAUCCCAUUUCUCCUUUGGCUACAAUUAUGAAGAAUUUGAAGAUACUUCUUUUAGACCACCAAUAAGUAAUCCUCCUUCAA